AUGAGUAAUUACGAAGUUAGUCCAACGAUGGUUCGGAGAGCUCUCUAUAUUUACUACUCGUGUUUGACUGGACAUUUGUUGGAUCCUGUAAGAGCAUCAAAAUUAGCUUCGUGUGUGGAGUCAUUACAAACAAAGGAUCAUAUAUUUAAAUGUAAAGAUGAAAUUUUGCAGAAUAAGGUUUUUGUGGAGACAAAAGUUUUGGAUCAAGUUUGGCAAAUUGAAAAUAGGAAAUACAAUUUAGAGGAAAAGAUACCAAAAUGUGAUGCCAAGUGUUCUGAAUGGUUUUAUAAACUGGGGCUGUGCAAUAGAUUUUUGAAAGCAAGACGUAUAAAGAAGGAGACAGAUGUUGCCUUCAGUGAGGCAGCAGAAACAGAAAUUGAAGAAGGAAAGAAGUAUUAUGCUGUCUGUGAUGAAUUUAAAAGAAGGCUGUAA